AAGCCGCGGAGCUCGGAUGAGAUUCGCCGGAAGCCCAAGCUCCCGACUUCUGCUUCCGGGUCAGAGCCAUGGCGGUGGCAAAUUCAAGCCCUGUCAACCCCGUGGUGUUCUUUGAUGUCAGCAUUGGCGGCCAGGAAGUUGGCCGAAUGAAGAUCGAGCUCUUUGCAGACGUUGUGCCUAAGACAGCCGAGAACUUUAGGCAGUUCUGCACUGGGGAAUUCAGAAAAGAUGGGGUUCCUAUAGGAUACAAAGGAAGCACUUUCCACAGAGUCAUAAAGGAUUUCAUGAUUCAGGGUGGAGAUUUUGUUAAUGGAGAUGGUACUGGAGUUGCCAGUAUUUACCGGGGGCCAUUUGCAGAUGAAAAUUUUAAACUUAGACACUCAGCUCCAGGCCUGCUUUCCAUGGCAAAUAGUGGUCCCAGUACAAAUGGCUGCCAGUUCUUCAUCACCUGCUCUAAGUGUGAUUGGCUGGAUGGGAAGCACGUAGUGUUUGGAAAAAUCAUUGAUGGACUUCUAGUGAUGAGAAAGAUUGAGAAUGUUCCCACAGGCCCCAACAAUAAGCCCAAGUUGCCUGUGGUGAUCUCACAGUGUGGGGAGAUGUAAUCCAGAGCAAGACGGAAUCAGGCCUGCUCUUGCUCUGGGUGAUGCUCAUGAGUAGGAAAAUCUGGAUUGGCCCCUGUGUUUGCUUCCUGGCCUGCUGUUGCCCUGUUUGAUCAAGAAAUCUUGGAAGUAUCACAAUUCAGAACCCAGGAUUUUCCAUGUUUUUCGACUGUAAAUAAAGUUUUUUUGUUUUAGUAUGUGUGUUGUUGUAAUGAUAGCCCCAUUUCCUCACAACGUAGCUUUAGGCUAUUGUGGACCUGGCUCUCCAACUGCAAGGCCAGUGUGGACCAGAGCCCCAAAUUUAUAAGCAUUUAUAGCAUUCCCCCUUAGGUUCGAGCUGAUUGAGCAAAGAAGCAAAGCCCCAGGGCCAAUGUGUUCCAAGGUGUUCCCAGCAGUAGGUUUAGUUUGGUAGUUCUGAAGCCUGUGGGAAGAGAAUCACUAACUUGGGAUAUUUCUGGAUGGGAGACCAUUGGGUAGAAUGUAUCUUGAUCAUGACAAACUGGGAAUAAUUUAGUCAAAAAUCUUGGUUUGAACCUUGGAUUGUUUUUAAAAAACAGUUCAGUUCUUGAGAAGUAUUAUUAUCGCUAUAAAAUGGGGAUAAUAAUACCUAUCCACUUCAUAGCAUUGUUGAAAGGGUCAAGUAAGAGAGUGGAUAUGAAGGUAACUUGUAAACACAACAUGCCUUGCAAAUGUUAGUUUUAAAAGGAAACCACCCAAUAUAAAAAGUUCCCACAGUAUAAUGUUCAAGAGAUAAAGAGUUCCCUGAUGUUCCUUUCAUGAGGCAAUGUCUAUGUUCUCCUGUUUCUCCUUUCUCCUGACUCAGAUAGGUGGUGAAAAGUGCCAUUUCAGUGUAUUGGCAGGACAAGGAAGCUAGAGUAUAGAUAUCCACAACUCUACAGCUAAAUAAAUAGGGUUCAGGGGACAUAAUGAAGAAAGAACUGAUCACGUGACUAUACAAGGUGGAUUAUAAAGAGAAAGGAAGGAGAAGGAUCAGCUGGGAUCCUGAGCUGAUGUUCUUGUGAUGGGUCAUUCAGGUAACUGUCAGUUAUACUUGGCACCUGCAUUCUAUGCCAAUCUCUGCCCUGGGCACUGGAGCUGCAAUGAUGUGUAAGAUGUGUCCCAUGCUUGUGACAGGAGAUAGGCACAGUUUUGAUACAAUGUGAUGUUAGAAUGUGACCCCUUAUGAGGGCAGGAAAUUUGGUCAAUACUUAUUUCGUUUUGUUUACUGCUGUGUCCCCAGCCCUAGUACCUAGUAAGUGCUCAAUAAACUUUUGUUGCAUGAA